CGAGUGAAGAUAUACUCGAGUCGACUGAUCUCCUACCGAAAAACCAAGCAGAUAGAGAUCCUCUACAUUCCUCUUCUCUUUCCGAGGGAGGAAAGAGAAAGCCGACUAGCCGAGAGCACCGAGAGAAUAACCAGAGAGAGAGAGAGAGAGAGAGAGAAGCACUUAUUAGGAUGACAAGGAGGUGAUCAAGAAGAAGAGCAAGAUGAAAUCGGAGACGUUGACGUUUAUACUGGUGAACCUGGCGGGGAUCAUGGAGAGGGCAGACGAGUCCCUGCUGCCUGGGGUGUACAAGGAGGUCGGGGCCGCCCUUCAUACGGACCCAACUGGUCUGGGUUCACUUACUCUCUUUCGAUCCAUCGUCCAGUCUUCCUGUUAUCCCCUCGCCGCCUACCUCGCCGUUCGCCACAACCGCGCCCAUGUCAUAGCCCUCGGUGCCUUCCUCUGGGCCGCUGCCACCUUCCUCGUCGCCAUCUCCUCCACUUUCUUUCAGGUGGCUGUCUCAAGAGGUUUAAAUGGAAUUGGGCUUGCCAUAGUUACACCUGCCAUUCAGUCUCUUGUUGCUGACUCAACUGAUGACACCAACCGCGGUAUGGCUUUUGGGUGGCUUCAACUAACUGGGAACCUGGGCUCAAUCAUUGGUGGCCUCUGUUCAGUUUUGAUAGCUUCAACAUCAUUCAUGGGGAUCCCUGGUUGGAGAAUUUCCUUCCAUCUGGUCGCAAUAGUUAGUGUUGCUGUAGGAGUUCUGGUCCGACUCUUCGCUAAUGAUCCACGUUUUUCAGAUGAGGGUAGUAAGCCUAGCGAUUCUGGUCCAAGUAGGUCCAUAUGGUCUGAAUUGAAGAACCUGGUUCUGGAAGCCAAGUCAGUAAUGAAAGUCCCAUCGUUUCACAUAAUUGUAGCUCAGGGUGUUACUGGCUCAUUUCCCUGGUCAGCUUUGUCAUUUGCACCCAUGUGGUUAGAGCUUAUUGACUUCUCCCACAAACAAACAGCGUUUCUAAUGAGCAUGUUUGUAAUUGCUAGUUCUCUUGGGGGACUAUUUGGAGGGAAGAUGGGGGACAUCCUAGCUAAGCGUCUCCCGAACUCUGGUAGGAUUAUUCUAUCACAGAUUAGCUCAGUCUCAGCUAUCCCACUAGCAGCAGUUUUGAUGCUUGUUUUGCCCGAUGAUCCCUCCACUGCUUUUCUGCAUGGUUUGGUCUUGUUCAUCAUGGGUUUAUGCAUAUCCUGGAAUGCACCGGCUACAAACAAUCCAAUAUUUGCAGAGAUUGUACCUGAGAAAUCACGACCAAGCAUCUAUGCUCUGGAUAGAUCUUUUGAAUCUGUGUUGUCAUCAUUUGCUCCCCCAGUAGUUGGGUUACUGGCUCAGCAUGUUUAUGGUUAUAAACCUAUUCCUAAAGGAUCCAGCAAAUCUGUUGAGAUUGCAACAGAUAGAGAAAAUGCUGCAUCUCUAGCAAAGGCACUUUACACUGCAAUAGCUAUUCCAAUGACUCUAUGUUGCCUUAUCUACUCCUUUCUCUAUUGCACUUAUCCAAGAGACAGGGAGCGAGCACGCAUGCAUGCAUUAAUAGAAUCAGAGAUGCAGCAGAUAGAGUCUGAAAAUCCUCUUGUAGGAGAGUACACAGAAGUUGAGUUCUCGGAAUCAGAUGAACAAUAUGAAAAUGAAAGAAGUGUGAUUGAAAUAGAUUAUGGAGAGGACGGUAUUGAAAUUGAUGAAAGUGAUGAGAAGACCUUGCUUUCCGACCAACUGGCAUUGUAAUAUAGACUUCAUAAGGCUUGGUGUAAAAUUGAGGUCAAAACAUUUUGAUGGAUUUUAUCAUUUCCAUACAAGUGCUAAAAAAUUGAAGCUAAUGGUUUUUAUGUUUGAGAGUUGAGAGCAUAUCUGUCCAUCUGAUUGAAAGAACAAUGCAACAUUAUGGUCUAAAUGGGAUGAAUGUAUGGUCUCAGACUGUUCUCCACCUUGUUGAUUUAAUUUUACUAAGUUGAUUUGAA